AUGCAUGCCGUGUACUUGUAUAUCCAUGCCAUCUUCCGUGCAUAUCAACGAACUUUGGACUCUAUAAACGCACCCACCCCGCCACUCAUGUCUACACUACUGGAAGUACUGGGAUUGGACAAUCGUGAACACAGCCCAUUUGAAAUCGAUCAGGCGUACCGCAACAGAACGUUUCUUGCGCUUGGACUCCUGCCAUCGGACUCCGAUCCGUUUUAUGCAGUGUCUGAUGCCUAUCAGGUCUUGAGAAACCCCAGUCACCGAGCCAAGUAUGUGAAGCUCGGAGAUAAGCGGUUUUUCGACCAGUGCCGCAACAUUCAGUAUAUAGAUGCUGUCGACAUUCUUCUGGGCUCAUUUGGAGUGGACAGACUGAAGUUUCUGGUUGCCGACAUGCCUGCGUUCAGCACCAUAGUCAAUUGUUUCAAAGAGAUGAAAGAGAUUGCUGUGGCUGCUGGACCUCUGGACAUUUCAAACAGAUCCCUGGACAUCAUGCGACGCCCAGGAUGGACACAGGGGAAAGCCAAAGUUGAAUAUCAGUUUAAAUGCACCAAGGGAGACUACUCUCGCGUGACUGUCAUGCCCCAGAUGAGAGAAAUGCAGCAUCUACUAGAUGAAUACGACGGAGAAAAGGGGAACCGACAGGUUGCAGAGAAACUGCUAGAUGCGUUCAAACAAACCACUCUAGGGUUGGACUGGAUGCAUGUGGUUGCUGCAGUGUUCCGUACCCGCGGAACCAAUCAGUAUAACAAGUGCCGCAAGCUGAUCAACAACAGAAGCAAUAUUGAGUGCCCAAUCAAGAGAGUGGCUUACAUGAGGAAGUACGUGAUCAGAACCCAAAAGUUCUGGAAGUAUGCCAACAAGUCAUACGAUGACCAGGUCAACCUGUUCUACCUGGCGUGCGCCUGUUCUCUCAUUCUGGAAGCCAAAAAGGCGUUAGACAAGACUAUCGAUUAUCUGUUUGAUGCACAAAGACAACAGAUCUCGAAACGAAAAGACAGAAUGGUUCCUGCUAAACGGCUGGCAGACCUAGGGGAGUGGAUGGGCCAGAAAGACGAGGUGUUCAUCACUUACGAUGACGUUCUAGCAUCCGCAAUCACACACACAGCUUAUCACGUUGUCUAUGUUGUAACAAAGAUGGAAAAAGUUGACCUUCCAGAUAUCAGAUACAGCCUUCCCAAAACUGACUUCCCAGACCGAUCAAAGACCUUGGUGAAGAUGGCGUUGGAUAUCUACAACGCAGAAGAUCUUUCGGCAGGCCCAGAUCCUUUCAAUUCAGACCUCGUGGUUUGGAACCUGGCUUCGAUGAAUGCGUUGAUGACUGGCCCUACUCCUGGAACCUAUUACUGA